AUGUGGGCUUUGGAGGAUGGAGAAGUAGAGGAGAAGUAUGGACAGAUGGAAAUAGACAAGACUGGAAGAGUUGGUGGGAACCUGGGCAGUGCUGGCCCUGUUGGACUAGUCGGACCUUCUGGAUCCCCUGGCCCAAUGGGUCUUUCCGGGAAUAAGGGCCAACCUGGAAUCAAAGGUGAUAAGGGUGAGCAAGGCAUGGCAGGAGAGCCAGGAGAACCAGGGUAUCCUGGAGACAAGGGAGCUGUUGGUGCUCCUGGACCCCCAGGGAUGAGAGGAAAGCCAGGACCUUCAGGCCAAAUAGGUGACCCAGGACCCCAAGGACCAAGUGGCCCUCCAGGACCAGAGGGUUUUCCAGGAGAUAUUGGGAUUCCUGGACAAAAUGGCCCUGAAGGAUCUAAG